AUGUCACUGUGUGGCGAUACCUGGAAUCAGCACGAACAUGACAUGGAUUUGGCACUGGGCAUCCUGCCACAUAUAACACCUCAGUUCUUUGUCCCUCGAAUGUUCGACAAACCUCAAGACCCCAUAGUGCAUGCAAUUGAUAGGGAGAAGGCUACAACUCUAGAGAAACGCGAUGCGCGUAAUUUAGACUCAAGAGACACUACGCGCGCUCAAGAUAUUUCUGCACUACCCUCCUUGUCACCAGAGGUGCUAUGGGCAAAUUCAGCGACAAGUGGUGAUCAUCAUUCAGAUCAAGUUGUCUCUUGGGAUGUUCUGCGCCAAUCACACCCUGACCGUUCAUACAACACUCCCUUCUUGACCGAACAGUCCUCCGAUGUAUCAGCUUCAGCACAAUACCAGUCAGAUUCAUUUUUUUACAGUGUUAAUGACAUAACAAACGUAACAUCUAGCAUGCGACCUUUGCCGUUUGACCCGCGAGCAAAUGUAGUCUGUGUGAAUGAACUUGAGCUGCUUGAGUCGUUGAGAAUGACAGUUCUCGGAACUUCGUCUUUUCUGCAUACGUGGGAUCCAGUUUCAGAGACGUUCUUAUCAUCCGGAGGCGCAGAAAAUAUGCCAAACAAGCUGCUUAUCAGUGGCAAGGAUGAGACGAUGAGUAGUAGUCUCCUAAAACGAUUUUUAGAUAUUGGUACUUUGAUGCGACGCUUGGAGGUAUUCCUCAGUGCUUUACGAACGCGACGCAAAGAGGAAAAUGCAACCGUCCAUGCUUUCUCGCAUGCGCUCUCCGUGGUGCUCGUCUAUCUACGUGACCAACUUUUUCGUGGGCCUCUAUCUAACUUCUGCAUCCCCGUCUCUCCGAAGACCCUAUCUGCAACAUGGCUGUACUAUGAGCUUUUUGAAGAAAUUGUCGUCUCUCUAGCGUCACUUUGCCAAAGGGGCCUUGGAUUGUCUCCCUCGCAAUAUCCGCGAUUUACGAUGAAACCAGUGGCUCUACUUUCUCGAAUAUACAAAUAUCUUGAUACCCAAUUUCGCAAAUCGUCUUCCCGGUCUUUGAUUGCUGUGUUCGCUUAUCUCCUUACAAUGACCUCGAAAAACUACUUGCAGGCAUUGUGUCGCUCAGUUGCCUAUGCUGACAGCAAUAACCAUCGGGUAGCAACGAGUCAGCAGCCUCGACGGACUGCAAUUGGUCCGUUGGAUAUCGAAGACUUUGAUCAGGCGUCACCUGAGGAUGAUGGAGUUCUCUUUGCUGAAGAUCAUGAAUUGCCGUCUUUUAUACUACGCGAUUUGGCGGAAGUAUUGCCAGCUGCUCAAAAAUCUCUCAAAUUGCUCGCUGCCGCAAAACCCGGUCAUCCUGUACUAAAUCCCCCGGUGCGACGGCCGUUCAUCACUUGGGUCUGGUCAACCAGAGACAUUGAAGACUUAUGGAGAACGGGGUCUCUUGACGAGGUUGGCGAUGUUGCACCAACUAUUGGCUCUCACAGUCCCCCUGAUCUAGCUUCUGCUGAUGGUAAUCUCCCUGGGAGCGAUUAUCAGUCCGACCUCGUCGGUUUCCGCCUUUUCGACUUGGAGCCUGGCUCAAACGGAGAUGAUACAUUCAAUGAGCACUCAAUGCACGCUGCAUUGGAAAGUUUCAUACUGUCCUUUCCACCCGUCCUUCCUUCAAUAACCCCGAACCUGGGUCUCCUGACUAGCCUAGUCUUUUCUCCACUCAUCUCACACGCUGCCUCUCUUUCCAGUGCACUAUUAUCGAUAUUCCUAGACCAGAACUCAUUUCUCUAUUUACAUGACCAUCUGGUUCUGCUUCGUUCACAUAUGCUCCUGACUUCCCCAUCAUUCAAAUCACGACUUACAGCUGCUUUAUUCUCUGACACCGAUGACCGUGAGGUUGUCGCUGGAGGCGGAAAAUCAUUCGCCCUGUCCCGCCAAAGGAGUAGAUCAGCCGCUGGAGUGGCUCAACAUGGCACCAGACAUUGGGCUGUCGGCUUAGCCCCGUUCUUGAUAGAGCGAGGGACGUGGCCUCCUGGGGGUGCCGACCUUAGCUUUUUUUUGAGAACAGUUAUCGUGGAAUCUCAGGACAUAUGCUCAUUUGGCCCCGAUGAUAGCCAGGAGCAUGAACUCGGGUCGAGGCGCAUAGCAAAAGAAGCUGAAAUUCGUCUUGGGUUCGCCAUCAGAGACCUCCCUAGCGAUACGGGACGUGAACGAUGGCUCAACCCACUUUAUAUCGAGGCAUUAGACUUUCUGUAUCUUGACUACAAAGUUCCUCAUCCUUUGGAAGUAAUUAUCACACCGGACACUACAUCCAAAUACCAGAGGAUUUUCUCGUUCCUUUUACGUGUGAUCAGAGUGGAAUCUGCCAUUCGAGCGGCUUUCCGCAUGACGCAUCAGGAUGUACUUUUUCCGACCUUGAACCAAUCCAGGAAACUCCUCACUCACUUCCGUUUCGUGGCGCAUUCGUUCGUAACCACCCUCUCCGCGUAUAUAUUCGAUGUGGCAAUUGGGGGCAACUUCGACGCAUUCCUGGCUCGAGUCACUGCAUGUCGUUUGGGAACAAGCUCCGAGUUUACUGAUGUCUUUUCGCUCGCUGAGGCUCACUCCGCUGUCUUGAACGACAUUCUCAGUGCUUGUUUGAUGCGUUCGGCCCAACGAGCAGCUGGUGACCUUCUUCGUGGGAGCCUAGAACUUAUCCUAGAGCUCUGCGUUAUGAUUGGUGACCUCAACGACGGGCGGUUGCAGGAGUACCAGGCGUCAUCAGCUCUUGAUGUACUCUUUGCUGCAUUCCGUAAUAGAAUAUCGACCCUGAUCAAAGUCCUAGAGGUCCUGCUGGAAAAAGAUUUGAAAUCAUCGCAACGCCAGGAACUCUUGCUUGCAUUACAGGAACAAAGCGAUGUUCGUCACGCCCCUGGUGGUGUGGAAGCGUUGCGCCACCUUAUAUUACGCCUCGACAUCAACGAAUGGUGGAAGAACUUGAAUUCGUAA